AUGUCGAAGUUUCAAUCCUUGACAAGCAUGUUAAAGCUACUAAUUCUGGGAAUAAUCUUGCUUCAUCAACAAUCUUUCUUCCUUGUACAAUCGUUUAAUUUCUCUUUCCAGUCGUUUGUUCCGGGAAUCUGUGACGACAGCGAGAGCAGAUUAAUCUGCUUGGGAUCAGUAACUGCAACAAAUGGGACAUUGAACCUCACCCCCGAUGAGUCACAGCAGAAUCCGCAACAGAAGAACCAGAUUGCACGAGUCCUGUUUAGAUAUCCUGUAACUGCAUGGCCGGCCUCAUUUUCCACCACCUUCGUUUUAAGAAUCCUCACAAAUUUAACCAUUUCUGGUGAUGGGAUUGCAUUUGUUAUCGCACAGGAUGAUAAGCCUUCACCGCCUGAGAGCUUUGGUUCGUAUAUUGGAAUUCUUGAUCCUUCCACCGAAGGUGGAAUUCUUCGUCAACUGGCGGUCGAGCUAGACACAUACAAGAACGAACACGAACCCGACAAUAACCAUGUAGCAAUUGUGACAACCAGCGUUCAAUAUCCUAUAGCCAAUAAAAGUUUAAACAGUACUGGUGUUUAUCUAAGGAGUGGAAAAGAUAUUACAGUGGAAAUCGAUUAUGAUGGAUGGGAAAAAGAUCUCCAAGUUUCUGUUGCAUAUUCGGGCAAUCCUUUAGUAAAUGUUCUGAGCCAAAAUAUAGUACUGGAAGACACAGUUCCACAAUCAACUUAUGUUGGCUUUACAGCUUCAACGGCUUAUUUCUUCGAAACUCAUCAGAUUUUGAGUUGGAACUUCACGUAUUAUAACUUGUCAAGGAAAUCGUUGAAGCAUGGUGUUAACAGAAACAAACCCAGGAUAGCAUUGUCGAUUGUUGUUCCGACUUUGGUAGUCUCUACGUUGGUUUUCUUGUAUAUAGCUCGUAAGAGGAGAAACGAGAGGCAUCAGAGCAAGAAAAGUGACAUGGAAAUGCUGGCAAGAAAUGCAGCCAAUGCUCCGAGAUUGUUUACCUACAAGCAGCUCUCUAAGGCUACUCGUCAUUUCAACAAAGAGAAUUUGCUCGGUGCUGGUGGCUUUGGAUGUGUUUACAAAGGGAUUUUAUUAUCUGAUCCUCCUGCGAUCAUUGCUGUCAAGAAAAUUAAUGCAACAUCAGGACAAGGUGAAAGGGAAUACUUGGCAGAGAUAUGUACAAUUGGGCGCCUAAGGCACAAAAAUCUAGUCCAACUCCAAGGUUGGUGUCAUGACAAAGAGCAGCUCUUCCUAGUCUACGAAUAUAUGCCCAAUGGUAGCCUCGACCGCUACAUUGGAAAGGUCUCUCUUGACUGGAAAACUAGGUACAGAAUCCUGUCAGGAUUGGCAUCUGCAUUGCUUUACCUGCACGAAGAAUGUGGCAAUCCUGUUGUUCAUCGCGAUGUGAAGCCUAACAAUGUGAUGCUGGAUUCAGAAUUCAACGCUCAUCUAGGUGAUUUUGGCCUCGCGAGACUACUUCAGAAUGAUAAUUUCGUGAACACUAUGGUUGCAGGAACUCCAGGAUACUUGGCUCCAGAAGUCAGCUACACUGGAAGAGCUACACUAGAGUCUGAUGUCUACAGCUUUGGCAUGGUGGUUCUUGAAGUUGUUUGUGGACGACGAUCAAGAGGUAUGAUGGAAGAAAACAGUCUUGUGGAUCACGUCUGGACUACUCACGAAAAGAACGAAUUAUUCAUGUGUGUGGAUCCAACUCUUGAAGGCAAAUUCGACGAGGAAGAAGUAAGGAGGACUAUACUAGUUGGACUGGCAUGUUUGCAUCCAGACAGAUUGCAUAGGCCUAGAAUGAGGAAAGUGGUUCAAAUCUUCAUGAACCCUGAUGAGCCUUUGAUGAAAAUCGCAGAUUCUAGACCUACUGCUGUCAGUUUGCCAUUGCAUUUUUCUCAUUCGGAUUCAACUGCAAGCGAAUUUAGCUCCAACAAUGCUCCUGCCGGAGGAAGAGGUUCCAUGGACUCCCUUCCGGAUGAGAUCACAGUUGUAUUUGAUGAUUGA